UCUGUCAUCAGGUGUUUUUUUGGAAUGUGUUUGAAUACCGGUACCGGUAGUGUUUGUUCAGCUUUGACUUUCUCCAUCUGGAUUGUUUGAUCAGAUGGAUGACCUGCGCCCGAUGGAGUGAAGAAAAAUGAGCGAGUUCACUGGUGGAGCAGCUGGUCUUGAAGCUCGGCUGAAAACCUCCGUUGAAACAGUGAAUGGCGCUCUAGAUUCGCUGCUGUCCGAUGGCAAGCAACUACUGCAGCGAGAUGGAGCCAGAACCUUUGCUGACAAACACGUGAACCGCUUUGGGGCAUGCAUAAAACUGUACCACUCGCUAUUCACGGCCUGUGGUGUGCUGACGAGGAGGGAGUUCCUGGAUACAGCAAAGAGGCUAUACAAGUACGAUGAUAUUCGAGAAGCCAUGGACGAGCUCCUGGAGAACGAGGACAGAUAUGAUGAGUUCCUAGCCGAGGUGGACAAACAGCUUCGCAAAGACGUACAAGCGGAAAGUGCCGCCAUGGUUGCCGUGGGCACGGAUGUGCCUGCUGACUGCCACUUACUAGAUCUUACCCAGUGUAUGCACAGUGGGAUUGGGUUGGGUGACUGCCGCGUGUCGCUUGAGGACGUGUCCAGUGCAUCGGACGGCAGGUUCACCCUGCUCGUCAUGCUGCGACACUUGUCUUGACUGCCGUGACGCGAUCACGUCGCCGAGCUUGUGCAGCAUCAGGAACGCUUUGCUGCCGCUCAGUGCAAUGUGGUGACUGUGUCCUUCAGUCCAGUGGAUGGCGCUAGACAGUGGGUUGACGACACACGUUCGCCUUUCCGCAUGCUUAUGGACCCAUCCCGAACUCUGUACUCGGCUUUUGGCUUGCCAAAGUCGAUUGCCAAGGUGUGGAGUGUUGAAAUGAUGGUGUACUACGCUGAGCAGAAGGCUGCCGGGCGUACGUUGCCACCGAUGCACGACGAGGACGAUCCACACCAGAUGGGCGGCGAUUUCGUUGUCGACAAUGCCUCGCAGAAGAUGGCGCUGGUGCACCGGAGUGAGAAGUCGACGCGCGACCGUCCCGCUGCCGCUGACCUACUGGCUGCACUGCAGUAAGAUUUAUCCUGGCUCUUGGGCUCUGUGACACUGGCCGCUUCUUUGCCGCAUGACAUCCCGGUCUGAAAAUCUUGUCGAGAGAGGGCCGGGUUCGAUACUCUUGCAUAGAAUGCCAUUGGAUCAGGUCUAAGACAUUUUAUAGGAAGUGGAGGGGUGUGCAGCAUGACUGUACGGCGGCAUACGCAAGCCUAGACAGCUGCGAAUGUCUCCAACUGCCGACUUCACAUUGGAUAUUUGUUUAGCCUGGUGAGCUCACCGAUUCUCGGCGAUUGGAGCUUUAGAUUUUCGAUGAGCUUAGCUCCUUCCCUAUCGUUCUAGAACUUUAGUUUCGUUUGACUUGGGUAGCAUUCUCUUUCACUCACCGUCACUCUUAUGAGGAUUGACUGAGGUGAGUUUUAAAUUUUUUUGCUUUUAUUUUAAAAAUAUAGUAAUUCGAAGUAGUGGUUGCGACUUCGGCGAUGA